UAUGCUUCUCAAACUGCACGCUCUCCACUUGCAGACCGUUUGGAUGCUAGACGACCAACAGGAAUAGAAUGAAAAUGGGGGACUUUCUAAAGGGACUGCCGUCAUACAAUGAAAGAAAUUUCACCCGUUUUCACGCUGACUCCAGUUGUCGUACAAGCCUUCAGAAACCAACAGUGUAUAUAUCUACUCGUGACUACCCUUCUGAUCAAGUAAUUACCACUGAAAGGACAAAUAUUCUUCUACGAUAUCUUCACCAGCAGUGGGACAAAAAGAACUGUGGUAAGAAACGAGACAGCACACAUGCCAGCCUUGACACAGCAGAUGUCACCUCCCCAACUAAGGUGCCACGUUUGGGGUCUACUGAUGAUAAUUCAUAGGCACAAAAAUAUCAUUAAUGAACAGCUCAAAAUUUGCAAAAGUGUUUUUUUUUUUCAUUACAAAGUGAAUGCUUUUCAGAGUAAUGGAAACUCUGCUUUGGUAAGUGUGAAGGAGUGCUAGCUGGUGGGAAAAAUGUCUUUUUACACCAUCCUUUCAGAAGCAAUAUUUAGAGAACAGGAAGAACUGCAUGGUGCACUUAAAUCUGCAGUCAGUGACUUCUGAAAGUAUAGGUUUGUUUGGUACAAAUUUGGCUAAAAUUUUUGAAGUGCUGGCAUAAUGUGCUGUCAAAUGGUAGGCAGGUCUUAACAAUUAUUCGAUCUAGUGUCUAUUCAAAGCAUAUUUUACCUUUGUCAUUUCACUCAUUUCUUUCCUUUUUUUUUAAAACUAGACAUGCUGGUGAAAUUGGCUGUAAAACAUUUUUUGAUUGUGAAGUGUGGAGUACAGCAUGAUUCUUAAAUCAUUUAUCUAAAAUACUUCUGUGUAUUUUUUGGUAUAUGUUGUAUAGUUGCUGCAUUAUGUGUACGAUUGUGUUUGUGGCAGUAUGGGUGCCUAUACAUGCUCAUUUACUUCUCCUAAAAAAAAAAGGGCGAGGAUAGACUGGUAGCUGGUGAAUCCUUUUGUGGGGAAAAACAAAUUAAAUUUUCCAGCAUAUUUGGUGUUCCUUGGACUUCCCGUUAUGGCAUUUUUUGGCAGAGUGCGGCAGCUGGCAUGCUGCAAAGCAACUUGAUGCCAACAGGUACUUAUGGAUCAGAAUGCACAUUAUUACAAAACUGAGUCACUAUCACAAAUUGAUUGGGUCUCCAAAUCAUAAAACAAGAUGAGUAUGUUUUAUGUUUCUUAAUUUGUUUAAUUUCCUGAAAGAGAAACAUCUGCAUAUACAGUUAAAUAUACAGUUAUUGUACAUCUGCUGUGAAAGCAGACCAGAAGCUGUCAUCCAUAGCAAUUUUUUGGUCUUUAGUAAUUCAUGUGCCCCUUUGCCAGUUUACAAAGCAAAUGUUAAUCCAUCAUAGAUCAUUACUUUUUGAAGUUAAUCUUGCAUUUACCAUUUAGUAAGCUCUGUCCAGUGAUAAGCCCUUAUCCAUCCCUAGAUGCUGAUCCACUGUGCUGUAGACUACUGAUUUUUGUUUUCACAUUGUUUAACCAAGGUAAAGCUUCAUUGAGUACAAUCUGCUGGGUAUGCUCAUGUGGCUGGCAGUUAUUUCUUACAAGUAGGUUUUAGAUUUGCUUUUUUAAAGGUCCUCGUUUAUAAAUGGUUUUGUGGAAGAGUGUAAAAGGGUGCAUGCAAACAGUGCAUUGAUGUAAAUCCUUUAGGGUUUUUUGGUGUGGUACAUGCAGAUGUUUGUUUGAGGUAAGGUAUAUUAGCAUUUCUGAAAAUAUUUCUAAAGACAAGCUUGGCUGCAAAAAGAUAAAAUGUGAAGUUUUAUGGUUCCAAGUUCACAUUAUAUUUCGGAUUUAGUCUUAAGAUGAGCUACUGAAAUAGCAGAUUUGCUGAUUUUUUUUAAGUUACAAUUUAUUUAUAUUUUCUACCUCACUGUCCAUUUCUGUAUGCAUAUAUGCAUUUGCAUGGGCAUUUAAGUUAACCAUUGUGAUGGUAAAAUACAACAGGUCUAAUUUUUUUCUUUGUCAGCGUACACAUGUCCAGGGUGCUAUAUGAAAAACGUGUUGAGUCCUGCUGCGAGAGUAGAUAAUUGUUGUGAAGGAUGCCCUGAAAAUUCUUUUUUUAAAGAGCUGCUCAGAUUGUGCAAGCUUUCUUAUUUUGUAUUAUGAAGUCUGUAGAUAUGCAAAGGGAUGUUAAUGAACAGUGAGCAAGUAAACAAAGGCCAGCGAAGGUAAAAUCUUUGGCAAAGAUUGGGAACAUAAAUAUAUAGGAUUUGUUUUUAAUUUUAUGGCAGUUUUCAGCCAUCGAAAGGUUUUGUUGCCAUUAAUCAUUGAAACUAAUAAUUGUUUUCUUUUACACUUUUUCAAACCUGAUUCUGCUGCAUCAGAUAUUAGUUUAAUAGAUUUGGGUCAGAGAAAUUUUCGAACAGUUGAUUAGUAAAGUUCAGCAGAUACCUACUAUGUGAUGGAAACAUCUUUUGAAUUUACAACAACCAAAGAUCAGAUAAUGGCAGUCAUGCUAAUAUAGUUUGUACAUGCAUACAUUCUUUGUUGCUUAAACUACAUCUUCAGGAAAUAUGAGAAAGUAUUUGAAGCUAUAUUCAUCAGCUCUGGAGAGCUUUUUAACUACAUACUUGUAUAUACUUCUUUCUUUCAUAAGUAAAAACAAGCCAGUGAGUUAUGGCUCCUCCUUAUGGUGUUAAAGUUAUAUGCUUAAUAACUAAGGCAAUUACGUAUGUAUCAGAAACUGUUGUUUGUUGAUAAAGCCUUGUUUCUGCAGCAGGUUGGUUUUCUCUUUUCCCCCCACAACACUUUUUUGUCUUGCUCAUGCCAAGUGUCCUUUGGUCUUUUUUAAAAAAUGUGCUAUGCCUAGCCUUGAUGUUCUGUAGUUCUUAAUUACCAAUUACCAAUACCUAGUCUUGAACACAUUGAAGAGUUUUGUUGGCUGGAUUAGGUUCCUCAAAUUUGGUCUCAGUGAGUGUAAUUGCAAGAUUGACUUUUUAAUGUUUACUUACCUUUGCUUGAAAUUGCAGAUGUACAUAUUAAUAGACUACUAAUUAUCGAUGUUAACUGUUUCUCCGCAGAGUGCAGCCCCUCUUGCAUACACAUGCUCAGCACUGACAACUCUGACCUCUGGUGUAUUUUAAAUUCUCUUCAGUAAGGUUAAAGGGAAAUGAGUUUAUGAAAUGUACAGGGGUGUUUGUGUGCACAUGUGGAGCACAUGUAUGGAAAUUAUGCUGUUGACACAUGGUCUUUAUCAACCAUGUUCCUCACAGUUUGCAUUGAUCAAGGUGUGUCAAGUCCUGUAACCACAGUAUUUCAUAUUUAUGCAUUUUUGGGAGGGGUGAAUGGGGCCAGUUCUUUCUCUUUGCGUCAGACCAGUUAAUGCUGGUCCCACUUUUGUGCCCAUUUUUUCUCAUUCUCAAGAGCAGGAUGGUACAGUGAGUAGAAGGAUGUGAGAAUGUUAAAGCAGUAUGAUGCUUAACUUCAGACUGGUAUUCACCUUAAUUAGCUCGUGUGUCAUUGUCAUACAAUACCUUGUGUGUGAGCCUAGUGCGUAUCAUGAACACCUACAAAAUAAAUUCUCAAGAAAAUA